AUGACACGAAGACUUACUCCCCAGGAGAAGAAGGCCCGCAGGCCUGCCUCCCGAGCAUGCACGUUCUGUCACUCCAAGCAUUUACAGUGUUCAAACACGAGACCGUGUCAGAAUUGCAUCAAACGUGGUAUAGCUGAUGGAUGUCAAGACGUGGUUCGUAAAAGAGCCAAGUACAUGACACAACUGGAGACAGAGAGUAGCCUGGCGCCUCCUGAGCCCCAGCCAAAGCAGGAGCCACCGAGUUAUAGUAAUCUUCGAGCAGAUCUACUGGGCACGUCGUAUGGCAUGAGUUUGGCAGAAAGCAUCGAAUCAGCCUUGGGUAAGGACUCCAGCGGGUCGACGCCAUCUACGCAUAACUUCAACUCGAACUUCCUUAACCAGGAGUAUAUGAUGCUCGGGGACUUGAUCCUGAAACCGCUGCUGCCGUCUCUGUCGUUUGACAACCUUAGUAUGCCACCGCCAAUGGUUUCGCCCAACAUCGUGUCUGAUCACGAUACAGAAAAGGAAAGCCGUCCGUUUAUCUCUUUGGGCGACAACAGGGACGAAGACCUGGGGCUGGAUUUCUCGCUCCAGUUUUCCAAAGCCACAGAGGACCAGUACGUGCUGCCGCUUCUUUCUCAUCACAUCUACCAGACUGUCCAGGACAUUUACUCGAAUAAGAUCAUUGGGUUUGACUAUCCGCUGUCGUACCACUCGCUUACGUUCUUCUUGAAGAAACGGUUUGCUCUAAGCGAUAACGAGCUGCUGCCGGAGGAAAACGCACGCAAGAGAAACAACCUACUAAUAAUCUUGAAGCUUAUUGCCUCCUACAGACCAACGUUUAUCAGUGCUCACAAGUCGCUUUUCAAGCCGUUUGACUUUCAGUUUUUGGAGAUGUCUUUCCAGCGGUGUCUUUUGGAUUAUGAGAACCUUUCCAAGCUUAACGCAUCGCCUACGAUAAUCUGGCGUCGUACGGGAGAAAUCGUCAGCAUUCUGAACGAUUUGGUGAACUUGCUUGGACUCAGUUCGUCUGAUAUUUUAUCGAAAAGAACGUUUAUCAUCGAACUAAUGUACGAUGACGAGUCGAUCGUUGAGUAUUUCCGUUUAUUCAAGUCGGUUGCUGUGGGAAACCUUCAUUCCACCAUUGUGACACGCUGCAAACUCAUCAAAAAGUCAACCGAACACGAAAGAAUUGCACGUACCAACACCAGAAUCCGGGACUGUGAUUAUAUUGAAUUUUGUUCAGCGUGGACGGUCAAAAGAGACCUUUUCGACAUUCCCAUGAUGAUCGUGGGCCAGUUUCUACCGGUAUUGCCCACCAGCGACAGUAUCAGAACGUACUAG